AUGGUUUUGGAAUAUAUGCUAAAGUUGAACUUCAAGAAAUGGAGAAGGAACAAAAUUCAAAAGAAAAAUGAUGUUAUCAAAAUCCAAGUUGAUUUUGAAGAGAAGGCAAUGAGAAAAGGCCAAAAGGGUGCAUGUGCAGCUGCUACCUUGAGAAGUCGUGAAAGUACUCACAGAUCGCUUUCAAAGGGCAAAUGGCACAUACGUUGGUUGGAUUUAAGCAUUGGCAACCACAACCAAACUACACUCAUGCCUGCAUGUGAUGUGCAGUGCAGCCAGCCACUGCAUUUACCAGGAAAGACUAACAUAACACAGCAUGCUUUGAUUUGA